AGAGAGAGAGAGAGUAUCUUUCUUUAUGGGGAGGGAGGUCAGCAACAGUACGUUUUGCUUCCUCGCCUGAACAACCUAACCUUUUUUAGAAGACUCUCUUCUGGGUUGCGUGCGCUUUGCUCUAACUUUCCCCGUUUUCUGUUUCUAAGUUCUUGAAUGUGAGAGAGAUAAAGGAAUCUCUCUUGUGUAUUAUCUCUCUGUUUUUUUUUUUUUUUUUUUAUCUGCCUCUAUUUUCAUUUUCUCUGCUUUUCUUUUCUACACCCAAAUCAUAUCUCUCUUGUCCCUCUUAUGCUAAAAGCAAAUAAAACCCACUAAGCGUGCCUAGAAAACAAUACAAAAGUCCCUAUUAUGUCUCUUUUCAUUGCCUUAGGCCUUUGAGUUGUUAAAACACUCAAUUUUUGUGGUUUUUCUUUCUCUUUGGUGGGGUUGGUAUCAUUAUUUUUUUGUUCUGAGUGUAUUGGGUUUAAGGAUUUUAUGGGUUGAGAUCUUAAAAAGCUGGUUCUUGUGUUGGCUGUUAAUAUCUAAAGGUUCUGUCGCAAUUUCCUACCUGGUUUUUUAAAUCAUUUGAAGAUGCGGGUCUUCAUGUUCUUGAGUGCUGGUUAAAGAAAUCUUAACAAAAGUGAGAUUUUCCUGUACACUUGCUUCUUUCUGGUGUUAAAGUUCGAAGAAGAAAGUGAUAUUUAGCUGCUGAAUGGAGGGUUGUUCAGAGAAUGGUGAGGCAUGUCCUCAGUUGCUGGAUUUGAUUCCAAGAGAAAGAGAAUGGCUGGUAAAAAGAGCUGAUGACAGAUCGUCAGAGGAGAAGAAGCUUGAACUAAGGCUUGGUCCACCUGGUGAAGAAUGGUUUCUUGGCAAGAACGCCUCCAAAAACGCAGAUAAUAGAGAAAGAGAUGAGUCUCUUCUCUCUCUAGGGUACUUCUCAAAUGGAAACCAACAAACCCACAAGUUUCCUUCACCUGAGAAUCUACAGCCUGGUUCGUUAUGGUUCAAACAACAACUAUCACAACAAGCAAAGGCUACUACUCCUUCAUUUCUCCAGUUUCCAUCAAAAACAACCACCACCACCCCACAGAGCCUGCCUGUAAUGGCAAAGGAAUCCUCACAGCCCUGCUGCACUAAAGUGGUAGUAGACUUGCAGCAGAGUGCAGAAAAGAAGGCGUUUUCACCUGCAGCUCCUGCAAAAACAGCUGUGCCCAACUGCUCUCAGAAAAGAACAGCUCCUGGUCCAGUUGUGGGUUGGCCUCCAAUUCGUUCAUGCAGGAAGAAUCUUGCAAGCAGCAGCUCUUCAAAACGUGCUAUUGACUCGCAAAAUGAAAGCCCAAACAAGAAAGUUGCUAGUGAAAAACCAGUUGAAACUUGCCAAAAAGGGAUGUUUGUGAAGAUCAAUAUGGAUGGUGUUCCCAUUGGUAGGAAAGUAGAUCUGAAAGCCUGCGACAGCUAUGAGAAAUUGUCCACUGCUGUUGAUGAACUCUUCAGAGGCCUCCUAGCAGCUCAAAGAGAUUCCUCUGCUGGUGGAAUCAUGAGCGAUCAAGAGGAAGAGAAAGUGAUUACGGGUGUAUUGGAUGGAAGUGGGGAAUAUACGCUUGUUUAUGAGGAUAAUGAAGGAGACAGGAUGCUUGUUGGGGAUGUCCCAUGGCACAUGUUUGUGUCGACGGUGAAGAGGCUUCGUGUAUUGAAGAGCUCUGAAGUUUCUGCGCUGAGCCUUGGAAGCAGUAAGCAAAAGGCAAAGUACCAAUGAAAUGAGAAGAAUGAAUUUUGCUGUGAAGAUUCUCUUUUGAAGCUUGAAGGAGAGAAGAAGACUUGAAUUUUAUUAUGUUCUUUAAUUGACAUUUUGUUUUUCUAUAAUAUUUGUAUGCAACUCACAGUAUAUAAUAUGUCUAUGCCUAGCUUUCAUAUGUUUACCCUUUAACCCUCUAAUGAACUUGCUCUCUUUAAUUGAAUAAAAUCAUCAAUGGCAUAUUGAUUGUCAA